GCAUUGGUGCCGCAAGGUUCUCUCGGGUUCUUCGCCGAUCCAUUACAUGAAGCAUACAAGCCAGAUAACAUCGAUUUAACUAAAAUUCUCAACAACGCGGGUAUUUCGCUGGCAAUAUUGUAUCCAGGGUUCAAUUUUUCAUUGGAAACAGUACUGAGAGUAGCGGAUUCGUGCUCAGGAAUUUUCCUGGAUUUGAACUGUGGAAAUUCGUACAGCGAGUACAUUUUGACAGAGUGUUCGAAAUAUGGAGUUUUUAACGAAUCGUAUAACUGGUUGGUGUUCGGAAAAGAUUUAGAGAAAAGUAUACGGCUGAUAGAUGACGAAUCGUUCGCCGUGACCACGGAUUUCGUGAUCGUCACGUCCGCGUCUAACGGAUACAAUUUAUACGAUAUUUACAAUCAUGGAAAGAAAUACGCUGGAAAAUUAAACGUCACCAGGUUGGCAUUUUGGCAGGAGAAUAAGGGGCUGAAUGUCUCGUUGGUUCAAGAAAAGUAUCGAAGACGAGCUAAUUUUCAUGGCAUGAAGUUAAAAGUGAUCUGCGUUACGCCAUACAAGCCUGACAAUGUCAGUGUCAAUGAUUACUUGCAAGAUUACACCACCCGGCAAUUGGACAGUAUGUCGAAGUUCACCUACGCCGCUGUUUUGCACGUCGCAGACGUAUUCAACUUCACAAUGGAAAUUGUGGAGAGCAGUUUUUGGGAUCAGAUCGAUAGCGACGGCAAUCACUUGGGUAUGGUUGGAAUGCUACAUCGGGGUGAGGCAGAUCUAGGAGCGAGUCCAGCCGUUAUGUCACACGAACGAGCCGAUCUUACCAAACUUCUCUUUCCUUUAUGGCCAUUUCGAAGCUGCUUCAUGUUUCGAUCGAUUACAACGAGGGUGAGCGAUGAAUUCAUACGUCCGUUCACCCUCUUGUCUUGGAUGAUUACCGGACUGAUGAUCAUAGUUUACAUCAUCAUUCUCGGUCUGACUUUCAAAAUCGAGGUGAUCGAAUACAGGUUGGACACGUGGAACGAAGCGAUUCUAGCAAUAAUCGGAGUGAUGUGUCAGCAAGGGUCUACCUUCGUACCGAAAUGUCUAUCGGGUCGCUUAGCAAUCAUGAACGUAUUAAUAUUCAGUCUGUUAAUUUACAACUACUACUCGGCUAGUCUCGUAUCGGCCCAGUUGAAUAUGCCACUCGAUAAAAUGAACGACUCUCUCAAUCAGCUUGCCGACAGCAAAUUCGAAGUUGCAUUCGAGCCGAUCACGUACGUGAAUCAUGCGUUCAAGGCUUUGCAAAGUUGGGACGUCAAACAGUUUUACAAAAAACGUUGGGAGCCGCUUUCCGACAAGGAACGUUUCAUGCCUUUGGAGGAAGGGUUCGAAAGAGUCGCCAAGGGUGGUUUUGCUUAUCACACAGAUCCGAACACAGGUUAUCCCUACGUCGAAAGAUUAUUUACGGACGAUAUGAUCUGCGAGCUUACCGAAGUCCACCUGUAUCCACCCCAGAAAUUGGCGGUCUGGGGAAAACACAACAGUCCGUUCUCAAAAAUCAUCCAGCUCGGUAUGACGAAACUAUCGAGCGCGGGACUUCUGACCAGGCAAGUAAAGCGCUGGGCGGCCAGAAAGCCUGUAUGUUUUCGAGAAAAUUCCGUAAUACAGAGUGUAUCAGUCCUGUCAACUGGACCGAUGUUUCUCAUUUUGUGUACAGGCAUCGUCCUAGCUUCUGCGAUAUGUAUUUUAGAAAAUUUAUUCUUCAAAUUCCGCGGUUCAUAAAAUU